CUAGCUGGAAAUUCCAAAAUCAUCAAAGCAGGCCAACCACGAAAGAGAACUGCCCAUUCCAUAAAAUUUCCCUAAGAUGUUUCCUUACGUUUGUUUUCAUAAGGAGAAGUUGCAGCCCAAAAGAUGGCAGCAGGAAAAUACCGACCGGUGGAACAUUGAAAACGAAAUGAAAGAGAGGCAACACCACUACUCCGUUCCGUUCCAACGGAAACCGAUAGAAAGCCACACCAGAAUUGAAGUGAAGAAAGGGCAGAAGAAGCGGGAAAUGGCGAACAAGGCCUCCAAUUUCUCCCAUCUGAUUCACCGAGUCGCUGCAUCUUGCUUAUCGCGUCCACACACCCGAGUCCAUGAACUCCGAGAAGAGAACUCAGUGACUCGGGAAUGGGAAGAAAAAACAGAGAGAGAAGAAGAGGACAAAGAAGGGAUUCUGGAGAAAGUGAGGGGCAUGGAGGGUCUGAUGGCGCAGGUUUUCGAUGCCGUGUCGUCCAUGACGAGGGCGUACGUUAGCCUGCAGGCUGCGCAAUGCACGUGGGAGACGGAGAAGGUGAUUGCCGCUGACGUGGCAGUGGUGGGGGAGCUGAAGAAACUAACGUGGCUAAUGGAGAGGUUUGGGGAAGGGAAGGGAUUGGGUCCGUACGGCGAGGGAGUGGUGGGGCCCUAUGAAGCGACGGUGGACUUUAAGGAGAUGCUUCCAAGCAUCGCGACGGUUGGGAAGAAGGUGUUGUUCCAUCCGUCGCAGUGGAGGAUCAGUUGCAGCGGUCGAGUAUCAACAUCUCCAACGGCUGAGAUCUUCCAUGAGUGCAUGCGCGAAGUAAGAGAAGAUACCAAGUCCUUCACCACCCUCCUCCUCUCCUUCAUGCGCUCGGCCCGCUGGGACAUCACCGCCGCCGUCCGAUCCAUCGUCUCCAUCAAGACCGUCCAAUCGCCCCACCACGCCGUCGAAUCUUACAUCAACCGCACGAUCUACCGAAACUUCCACAACGAGACGUUUGGCAUGGACCACCCCGUCCGCCACGACCGCUUCGCCGAGUUCAAAGUCAUCAAAUCCAUGGGACCCACAGAGCUGAUAGGGGCCCCACCAACAUCCCAUUUUGGCAAGUUUUGCAUGAAAAAGUAUUUAGCCGUCAUCCACCCGAGCAUGGAGGAAUCGCUACUCGGGAGUCUCGAGCAUCGGCGACUGAUUUUAGCAGGAACGCACCCGAGGACAGAGUUCUAUGCCGAGUUCGUAGCGGUGGCGAGAUCGGUGUGGAUGUUGCACCAGCUAGCGUUCGCGCUCGACCCGACGCCGACUCAGUUCGAGGCGAAUCAAGGGGCGGAGUUCCAUCCCGAGUUCAUGGAAAGUGUCGUCAGGUUUCCCGGCCAGUGGACGCCGGUGGGUCAGAUGGCCGUGGGGUUUCCGAUUAGCCCUGGGUUUGAACUCGGGAAUGGCGAUGUGGUUAAAGCACGGGUUUAUGCUGUCUCGAGAACGUGAACGUGAAACCAGAAAUCGUCUAUGCAAUGCCUGUCGUAUGGGGUGUGUAUAGCACGUUAGAUCUGUGGGGCCCACCGUGUUGUGUCUGUGACAUCUACUUUGACUAUCAGAUGAAAUUAUCCUCUACAUCCCUAAAAUUGGGCCGAUACAUGCUUAGGUAGAGUAGACCGUAUGGAUGAAUGUAAAUCAAUUGUUGUUACGGCCAUAUGGUUUUUAAUUAAUUAGAUCGGUAAUUAGCAUCUCUACUCUAAUUUAAUAAAAUAAGAACUUUUCAAGUAGAAUUACUCUAUCUUUGUUUU